GAUAGCAGCGGUCCAACAGGGCGCGAGAGCGACGAGAUCCCACUCGCGUGCUGUCGCAAACAGUCAAUUUUAGUGAAUUUCCGUGCUCGGUGGUGUAUUUGAACGACCAGCCGCGGUCACACUGAAGCAAAAACAUUUUUGGCUCGGAGAACGAUUAACACAAGCGGACUGAAAUUUUUUUGUUUUAGUGUUGCGAAAAAGUUUGUGGGAUUUUUCUAAAAUCGCCGGAAAAUGUGAAAAAUAUAUGUAUAUGUGCAAUGUUAGAGCGGCAAUUGGCGGCAGUAGCAGCAGCAGCAACAACAUCAACAGCAGCAGCAGAAGCGCCAGCAACAAAAACAAAAACAACCGAAACACAACAAACCCAACAACAACAGCCAACAUUGUGAAUUGCUUUUUUUCUUAUUAAUUGUAAAUGAAAACCGAAGCAAGUGCAGAUAAAAAAAAAUUAAUUAUAUUAUUUAUACACACAUACAUAUAUAAUAUAUAGUAAAAUAUCUAUAUAUAUAUAUGUGUAAAAAAUACAACAUAUAAACAACAAAAACAAAAAACAGCGGAGCCGAAAAAAGCCGCCAAAAACAAAUCUGAAAAAAGAUGUAAGAUAGCGGAAAAAAAGGCGGAAAGAAAAGGAAGAGAGAGAGAAGACGAAGACGGAGAAGAGGAGAGCCAAAACAGCAACCGUUAAUUUUCGCUCAGUGGAGGCAGGCAGGCAACAACAAACAAAACAAACCAAAUCCAACAAACAAUAACAACAGCAGCAGCAACAAACUCAACAAACAACAAGAGCCGCCCAGCCAAGGUCAACUUUUGUUGUUUUUUGGGGCCCAACAACACAAAAUGCACGCGUGUGUCUGCUGCUGUUCGACAAACAACAAUUGCAACAACAACAACCACAAGAACAACGACGACAGCAGCAGCAGCAGCAGCAACGGCAACAAUAAAUUGCUGCUAACGAAGCACAAGGAAGUAGAAGCAGAAGACGAGGUACUGGUCAAGCGGGAGCAGGCGAAGAAGCAAAAGGAGCACCAGGCGGUGGAGGAGGAGUUGUCUGCUGGCCAAAGCGCCAGUGGCGGCGACAACAACGACAACGAUCUCAACGGCGCCGCAACGAGGAGGCGGUGGUGGCUGCGCGAUCCUCCAGGAUCAGCGGAAGCGGCAGAAGGCGAAGAAGGAGAAGAAGGAGGAUCCGGUGCGGGUACAGCAGGAAAGAAAGCAACAGGAACGACGACGUGGUGGUCUCCACCCGGUGACGUUGCGGUGACGAUAGCGCCGGCGACGUUGUUGCUGUCGUUGCAGCGGCAAUUAGCAAAACAACAACAACAACAACAACUGAAACCAACAACAAAAGCCACAACAUCCUUAGCAACAAACACCUCAGCAACAACAACAGCAAGAACCUCCAUCAUCAAGAUCCCAAUAUACCAACAAUACCAAAUCCCAAUCCUCGCCAGCCACGCCUUUUGAGUGCCUCUUUGUGUGUUGUGUAUUGUGCGUGCGUUCGUUCGUUCGUGUGUUGCAAAGUGUCCAAACUAAUUACAAAAAAACAAAAACAACAAACAACAACAAGACGAAGAAGAAGAAGAAGGAGUCUAUUACCAAACACUAAACAUCAAAACCUUCUGGCAACCUGUGCAACAACUGUCAAAUAUCAAGAAACGAAGAAGGACAAGCUCCUUGUCAAAACGCUAAAAUCAGAAUACGACCGACCGUCAACGUCUUCGCAUUAACCAGAACGAAUAAAAAACCAAAUCUGACAAAAGAAUCAUUUAAAAAAAAAACAAAAAAGACUAAACGUGCUUAAAAACUCAACUCGGAAUAGUUAAAGAAAACAAUCGGCAAACCGGAGGAACUCUUUUAAGCUCCCCUUCUUAAUUUCCUCCGACUUUCCAAACGUUUUUCCUUCCUCGUUAUUGGAUUACCGUGCAUUCGCAACGGAAAAAUCCAACUAACUCUAUAU